UGACUUGUAAUAUAUUGUAGACUAAAUUAGACUUUCUAGAAGAUGCACUAAACCUGAGAAGAUAUGAACUAAACUAGACAUGGUAUUCAAGAAAUCACAAUGUUGACAAAUGAAAGAGACAAAGCACUCUGACCAAUAACGACCUUUUUUAGGUGAAAAUGAGAACUUAGUAACUACAACCUCCCUGCCAAGUAUGGCCAUCUGCAGCUUGAAAAUGGUAAGUCCUCAGUUAUUGAUGAACUCUCUCCUCUGUAAGCUCUUGACAAUCACCGUUCUCUUUUGCCUGAUCACUCCAUACACAAACACCUUAUCCUUCAACUUCACAAGCUUCUAUCCUAAUGAUAACAACAUAACUUAUGAGAGAUCAGCUUACCCUGCAAACGAAGUCAUUCAGCUUACAACAAACCAGAGGGACGUUCUAAUGACCGCAAGCGUUGGUCGAGCCACAUACUCCAAAACGUUGCACCUCUGGGACAAGGCUUCCGGAAAUCUCACGGACUUCAGCACCAGUUUCACCUUUGUCAUAGAUUCGCAGAACAGAUCUGCUUAUGGAGAUGGGAUUGCAUUCUUUCUUGCACCUGCAGGUUCAAAAAUUCCUGAUAAUGUCACGAAAGGUGGUACUCUUGGCCUUGCAAGUGAUGGGAUGGAACUAAACACAACAGUCAACAGAUUUGUCGCGGUGGAGUUCGAUAUUUAUAAAAACCCUUGGGAUCCAGAGCAUGAACAUGUAGGCAUUAAUAUCAACUCUAUGAAAUCUAUGACUAAUAUAACAUGGUGGGGUGAUAUCAUGGCAGGGAAAACGAAUGAAGCUUGGAUUAGUUACGAUUCUAGUACGCAAAAUUUAAGCGUUGCCUUCACCGGAUCUAGAAAUAAUACUAAGGUGAUGCAGCACCUGAACUCCAUUAUUGAUUUGCGGCUUUACUUGCCUGAACGGGUUACUUUCGGAUUCUCUGCAGCUACUGGAAAUGCAUCCUCUCUACAUCAAAUUCCUUCUUGGGCUUUCACUUCAAGCUUAGAAAUUGAUAAUAAUAUAACUGAUCCGGAACCCAAUCUUAACCGCAAUAGAAGAGGGAAAAACAGGACAGGUUUGGCAGUAGGGUUGGGAGUUACCGGUGCUUUGGUUGGUGGAAUGGUUUUGGUUUGGCUCGCUAGUCUGUACAGAAAGAAACUUGGGAAGGAUGAAGAAGAGGGUCAUGUCAUUGAUGAGGAUAUAGAAGAUGAAUUUGAAAGGGGAACGGGACCGAGGAAGUUUUCAUAUAAUGAAUUAGCUCACGCUACUGACAAUUUUAAGGAUGUGGGGAAGCUAGGACAGGGAGGGUUUGGAGCGGUUUAUAAAGGAUUUUUGAGGGAUUCAAGCUACUAUGUUGCUAUCAAGAGGGUCUCGAGCGGAUCAAAACAGGGGAUAAAGGAAUACGCAUCAGAGGUAAAGAUCAUCAGUCGAUUGAGGCACAGGAAUCUAGUGCAACUCAUCGGCUGGUGCCAUGACAAAAAGGAGCUCCUGCUUGUUUAUGAGUUCAUGCCCAAUGGCAGCUUAGAUUCUCACCUCUUUAAUGAAAAUAGCUUAUUGACAUGGGAGGUCAGGUACAAAAUUGCUCAAGGAUUGGCCUCCGGAUUGCUAUACUUGCACGAAGGGUGUGAACAAUGUGUGGUUCAUAGAGAUAUAAAAUCAAGCAAUGUUUUGCUGGAUUCUGAUUUCAAUGCCAAGCUUGGAGAUUUCGGGCUAGCAAGGCUUGUAGACCAUGCCAAAGGAUCACAAACUACUGUUUUGGCUGGGACAGUGGGCUAUCUGGCUCCGGAAUGCCACAUAGCAGGUAAGGCCAGCAAACAAUCAGAUGUGUACAGUUUUGGUGUCGUAGCUUUGGAGAUCGCCUGCGGAAGAAAACCGAUCGACCCAAAGGCCGGAGAAGGUAAAGUAAAUUUGGUGCAGAGGGUUUGGGAGCUGUAUGGAACAGGAAACCUGCUUGAAGCAUGUGACCCAAGGUUACGUGGGGAAUUUGUUAAGCAGGAAAUGGAGCAACUGCUGAUUAUCGGACUAUGGUGCGCACACCCAGAUGAAAAUUCUAGGCCUUCGAUACAGCAAGCCAUUCACGUACUCAAUUUCGAAGCUCCAUUGCCUAUUCUCCCAUCCAAGAUGCCUGUGCCUACAUAUUAUGCUCCUCCAUUGAACGUUCCUGCAUUUCCAUUGUCCUACAGUGGCACUGAUUCUGGAGGACAGCAAAACCAAUUUUCAAGCUAUACUUGUAGUACCAAUUCCUCACAAUUUACCACAUCUUCAAGUUCUUCUGCAUCUACAUCUCUUUUGUCAGCUCGCCAAGUUUAAAUUCAUUUUAUUUAUUUCUUGUUAAUUUUUCAAUUGCUUAUGUUGUCUCUUCCUAAAAUCAAUCCCUUUGUACUCAUGAUUUCUGGGAAGCUGACAAUGUCAAUUGUACUGUAUUUUUCACGAUUAAUCCUUGCAGCAUUUAUCGAAUUUCCCAAA